AUGUACCUCAUCACUGUGUUUGGAAACCUGCUCAUCAUCCUGGCUGCCAGCUCUGACUCCCACCUCCACUCACCCAUGUACUUUUUUCUAUGCAACCUGUCCUUCGUAGACAUAUGUUUCACUUCCACCACCAUCCCAAAGAUGCUGUGGAACAUCCAGACCCAGAAUAAAGUUAUAACCUACAAAGGCUGUAUCACCCAAAUAUACUUCUACAUACACUUUGCAGGAUUGGAUAUCUUUCUUCUGACUGUGAUGGCCUAUGACCGGUUUGUGGCCAUAUGUGACCCCCUGCACUACAUGCUCAUCAUGAACCCCCAGCUCUGUGGGCUUCUGGUUCUGGUGUCCUGGGUGAUGUUUGUCUCCUUAUUUUAUUGUACUAGCCUAGGAGUGUACCUCAGCCCUUUUGCUACCCACAGCUCACAGUCAAGUGCAACAGCUGCGGUAAUGUACACUGUGGUCACACCCAUGUUGAACCCCUUCAUCUACAGUCUGAGAAAUAAAGACAUAAGGAGGGCUCUGAAAGGAUUCUCUGGGAUGGAAACAUUUGCCAAAGGAGCCUUUGUCCUGAGACUGAAGAAAUGCACAGGAUAG